CAUCAUCGUCAGAACAGGCGUCGAGAGCGCCCGGGUUCACGCACUCGUCGUUCGAUGAAUCGCAAAGCAAACGCUCCAUUCGACUACACAGACAGCCUUCUGGAUGCCCGUGACGCAAGUGUAUACCUUCCUUCCGACAAGGCCAAACCUUCGCCCCUCCUCCGUCAGAACUUCGACCAGAGUUGGCAGAGAUGGCAGGCAAGGAAAGCAGAGGAAAAGGCACUUGCAGAAAUGGACAUGAGACAGUUGGAAAUCGAGCAGCAAAGGCUGUUCGGGGAAGACGUCGACGAUGAAGUGAGUAUCCCAGAUGAGGCGAUGUUAGGAGUUGUCUUCGGUCUUUUCGGCGACCUCGACUACAUCGAUCCUUGA